CUAGCUCAUUCCCGCUGUGUUGGCAAUCUUGAUUUUUAAAAACCUAAUUUCGAUUUCUUCCUCUCUCUCUCUCUCUCCGAUAAUUUUCAACGCCUGAAUUUGAAACUGCCGGUGAGGAAUUCAAGAUCCCGAUCUUCCAGCACGUAGCAGCUGCGUCAGCUCCACUCAUCGACCUGCUUCUUGCAGUCAAUCGAUCUUAUCUCCACUCUGAUGGCGAUAAUUUACGCGUUGGUUGCCAGGGGAUCGGUGGUUCUGGCCGAAUUUUCUGCUACUCCGACGAAUGCGAGCUCGAUUUCUCGUCAAAUUCUCGAUAAAAUUCCGGGAAACGAUGAUUCUCAUGUUUCCUACUCGCAGGAUCGGUAUCUCUUUCAUGUCAAGCGUACCGAUGGCCUUACGGUGCUCUGUAUGGCCGAUGACACUGCCGGAAGGAGGAUUCCUUUUGCAUUCCUUGAAGAUAUUCAUCAGAGAUUCGUAAGGACAUAUGGCCGUGCAGUUCAUUCAGCGAAUGCUUAUGGCAUGAACGAUGAAUUCUCAAGAGUUUUGAGUCAGCAAAUGGAAUAUUACUCCAACGACCCAAAUGCAGAUAGGAUCAACCGGCUGAAAGGUGAAAUGAGUCAGGUGCGAAAUGUCAUGAUAGAGAAUAUUGACAAAGUUUUAGAGCGAGGCGAUCGCUUGGAGCUGCUCGUGGAUAAAACUACUAACAUGCAAGGAAACACCAUGCGAUUUAGGAAGCAGGCUCGACGUUUCAGAAACACAGUAUGGUGGAAAAAUGUGAAGCUCAUGGUAAUGCUGAUAAUUCUCCUCCUAGUGAUUGCUUACUUGGUGCUGGCUUUUGUUUGUCAUGGAGUGACAUUGCCUACAUGUCUAUAAUGAGAACAUCAAUUUAUGGCCUGAUAGUACUUCGUUUAGUUUGGGUUGCUCCCUCGUGUUUGCAUCGAUUUUCCACUGGUGUACGUUGCUCGUGCACUAACUUAUCCGACUCGAUAAACUCAGCUUGUCUGUGUGCUCUCCUGUGUUCCUCAUAAUUGGGUGGUAUUGAUUUGAAUUAUAUACAUGUUCGUCUUCAGAAGCCAUGGCUUUGACUAUAUUUUGUAAGUAAAUUCUUAAUAUGAAUCUAUAAUAUUUUGAUACAGAGUGAAGCUUUA